AUUCUUUCCUUGUGCCGGCUUUUUUUGGAUUCUGCCUAGAAAGAAAAAAGUGUACGAAUGAUGGUGGGUACAACGACGAACGAUGCAGCCACCGUAGUGGCCGAUCUUCUCAGCAAGAUCAAUACCGCCCCUACCAGUGAAGAAGUCGAUCAGGCCGCUCGUGAUCUGGCCAAAACUAUCCAGUCGGGAGGUAUCAUCAUGCUCAAGCAUCAUGCCAUUCUGGGCAAAUUGGAAGCUUCGGCCAAGAACAAGAAAUCAGGUUUGGAGCGUGAAGGUGGAUUGAUCGCAUUCAAUGCUUUGGCGGAAAUCCUUAAACAACAAGCGGAGCCCAUUCUCUUAAAGUACCUUCCUCUCUAUUUGGAUCUGUACGCUGACAAAGGUAGCGUCGUUCAAGAAGCCGCACAACUGGCCGCCGAAGGCUUAAUCAACUUGGCACCUCCGGAAGCCGCCAAAGCAAUUUUGCCUCUUUUGUACGAAGGCAUGGGAUACAGCGCUGAUGGCACUCGCAUCGGAGCCAAGAAGUGGCAGACCAAAGUGGGUGCGCUGAAAUUGCUCAAAGCCUACACCGAAAAAGCCCCUGAACAAAUCGGUGAAGCAUUACCCGAAAUUAUUCCGGCCGUCUCCAACUGUCUUUCCGACACCAAAAAUGAAGUGGCCAACGAAGCUCAAAAGACCAUGAUGGCCGUCUGUGCCGUCGGUGGUAAUCCCGAUAUUGAACGUCAUUUGCGUGAUCUCGUAUUGUGUAUGGGCGAUCCCACCCGUGUGCCAAAUACCAUUGAGAAAUUGGCCAGCACCACCUUUGUUGCUGAAGUCAAUGGUCCUACGCUAGCCAUCAUGGUGCCUCUGUUGACCCGUGCUCUCAAUGAACGCUCUACUUUGUUGCUUCGUCAGACCCUCAUCAUUACCGAUAAUUUGUGUAAAUUGGUCCGCGAUCCUCGUACCGCUGCGCUUUUCCUGCCUCAGUUGUAUCCUGGUAUCGAACGUCAGGCCGAUGGUGCCGCUUUCCCCGAAAUCCGUGAACUCGGUAACCGUGCCAAGCAGACCUUGAUCGAUGCUGGUGGUCAUCAGGAAAAACUCGAUGCGGAAGGUACCGAUACCGAAUUUGUCUUGACGGUGGAAGAUGCGACCAAGGUUGUCAAGGCUGAAGUCACCAAGGCUCAAGGAUUUGUGGAUUCAUUCUUUUCUCCCAUCAUCAAUUACGUGGGUGUCAUUGCUGCCGAUAUGGUGCGUCAGGAGAUGUUUGUGAAGGAAAAGUGGACCAAGGUUCUGUCCGUUUAUUUGGGCUCCUUCCUGGCCAGUAUCGAUGUGCCCGUGGUGUGCGACAAUUUGUUUAAUUAUUUCCACAACCUGUGGAAGGAAAAGACCGGCGAAGAUGACGAUUCCGCUUUCGAUCAUCAGGAAGGUGAAGAGUUGUGCCGCGUCGAUGAUUUCUCUCUCGCCUACGGUACUCGAUUGCUUUUGAGCCACACCAAACUCAAGCUUCACCGUGGUCAACGUUACGGUUUGUGCGGUCACAAUGGUGCGGGUAAAUCCACCUUGAUGCGUGCUAUUCAUCAAGGCAAGGUCGAAGGGUUCCCUUCUCAGGACGAAGUCCGUACGGCGUUUGUCGAUUACACGGUUCAAGGUGCCGACACCUCGUUGCCCGUGGUCGAUUACGUGGCCGCCGACAAAUUCCUUCAAGGUAUUUCCAGAGAAGAGAUUGAAGAGAGCUUGCGCACCGUCGGUUUCGAUCAAGAGCGUCUCGCUCAGCCCGUGAGCGCGCUUUCCGGUGGUUGGAAGAUGAAGGUGGAAUUGGCUCGUGCCAUUCUUUCCAAGGCCGAUAUUUUGUUGCUCGACGAACCUACCAAUCACUUGGAUGUGACCAAUAUCAAAUGGUUGGAAGACUACCUCAACAGCCAGACCCACGUCACUUGUCUGAUUGUCUCUCACGACUCCUCCUUCUUGGAUAACGUCUGUACGCAAAUUUUGCAUUACGAAAAGAGAAAGCUUCGUCUUUAUUCAGGCAAUCUUUCAAAGUUUGUCGAAGUGUAUCCUGCUGCUCGUAGCUACUAUACCCUGGAUGCUUCUUCGGUCAAGUUCUCGUUCCCCAAACCAUCCCUUUUGCAAGGUGUGCGAAGCAACACCAAGGCUAUUCUCAAGAUGACCGAUUGUACCUACACCUACCCUGGUACCGACAAGCCGUCGCUUUACAAUGCCAGUGCCUCGUUGUCUUUGUCGUCUCGUGUUGCGGUGGUGGGUCCCAACGGUGCCGGUAAAUCCACCAUGAUCAAGUUGUUGACUGGUGAAACCAUCCCUCAGACCGGUGUGGUGUGGCGUCAUCCUGCUCUUCGUAUUGGUUACGUCGCUCAGCAUGCUUUCCAUCAUCUUGAACAGCAUCUUGAGAAAACCCCUAUGGAUUAUCUGCAAUGGCGUUACUCCACCGGUGAAGACAAGGAAGUCACCGAAAAGGAAUCGCGUCGUUGGACGGCCGAUGAAGCUGAACAAAUGAACAAGCCCAUCGACGUCAACGGUGAAAAACGUAAAGUGGAGUGUUUGCUUGGUCGUGCCAAGUUGAAAAAGACGUUCCAGUAUGAAGUCAAGUGGAAGGAUUUGCGUCACAAGUAUAAUACCUGGUUUUCUCGCGAGAAAUUGUUGGAAUUGGGUUUCCAAAAAUUGGUGCAACAGUUUGAUGACAAGGAAGCUUCUCGUGAAGGUCUGCUUUACCGUGAACUGAGCGUUCCCCAGAUCCGUCAACAUUUCAAAGACAUUGGAUUGGAUCCCGAUAUUGCGCAAUACAGCAAGAUGGGUGAAUUGAGUGGUGGUCAAAAGGUCAAGGUGGUGAUUGCGGCUGCCAUGUGGAACAACUCGCACAUGUUGGUACUUGAUGAACCUACCAAUUUCUUGGAUCGUGAAGCUUUGGGUGGUUUGGCGACGGCGAUCAAGACCUGGGAUGGUGCAGUGGUAAUGAUUUCUCACUCGCAAGAAUUCGUGUCGGCCCUGUGUCCCGAAAGCUGGCGUUUGGAGAAUGGCCACUUGUACAAGGAAGGCGAGUCGGCUGUGGUGGAAGACGAAAAGGGCAUUGACGAAGCCGCUGUCAAGGCCAAGCUUAGCAAGAAGAAGAAGAAGACUCGUAAUGAGAUCAAGGCACAAGAAGCUCGCCGAAGAGAACGUCAUCUUAAAUGGCUCAUUCACGGUGGCGAAAAGGAGCCUGAUACCGAAAGCGAUUAAAUCCUGUUAUUUAUUUCCCCUUAUUCUAGACAUUUUUUUUGGGCAUUGAUGAUCAUCUUCAUUCUUUUAGAUUUCAUUUUUCAUUUAAUUAGUUUUUUUUUUUCUUGCUGUUUGCUACAUUCUCUAUUAAAAGAAGUCAUGCAUCAUUUCAAAAAAGAGCCGCCUCUUGAUACUUUGUUUGGAGUGUUUUUCUUGCACAGCGAUUGACUUGCAGUUACAGUAAG